AUGGCAGAAGUCGCAGCAGGAGCAAUCGCCGUCGAGCAGGUUGUUUCAACUGGCCUUCAAGUUGGCGCUGCAGCCACCGUCGCUCGUCCUACACAGCCGAUUACAGCAGUGUUGAGCCAGAUUGCCUCGACUCCCAAGGACGAUACCUCACUGUCUUUAGCGCGUUCUCACCACACAGUCACUGUCAUUGACGACAAGGCCUACAUCUUCGGCGGCAAGACAGACGACGGCAAACUCUGCAAUAACGACAUCCACGCUGUCGCAUUAGGCCAUCAAGAAGGUGAAAGCGAGUACGCAUGCUAUCCAGCCGUUGGCGAUGAUGGCAACAUUCCAUCUCCCCGGGUAAACCAUGCAGCCUGUCUGCGCCGUGACACUCUUGUCAUCUUUGGCGGACAGAACAGUGAGGGUCAAGCAGCCGAUGAUGAAUUUACGCUGUGGGAAUGGGAGCCCAAAGCUGCGAGAUGGGCAGCGAUAACUGCAGCUGGUAAGGCACCGCAGUCUCGACAUGGUCAUCAGAUCUUCUAUGAUGCGAAGAAGGAUAGCCUUGUUCUUCACGGUGGUUACGAGAAUGGUCAGCGCACCACAGGGACGUGGUUGUUUGAUUUCACAACACGUCUGUGGCAUGAACUCCCUGAUUCACCUGCUGCACCUUUGGCUGCGCAGUUUGUGGAGGGGACCUUGUACUCCAUCAGCGCAGAGUCAGAUAUCCACGGCUCGGUCCACUACAUCAAGACUGGCACAAUCCAAGAUGAAUCUGUCGAUAAACUCCCCGAGUGGACCACCGUCGACUUCCCCUCCAAUCCGAUUGUUCCUGGCCCUCGACCACGCGUAGGUAGUGCUCUCAUCCCCGUCACAACCGGCCUCGGCAGACGGUAUCUCCUCUACCUCCUCGGCAGCCGCCAAGGCGCCGAGAUCGCAUCCGCCGACAAAUCAUACACAGAAGAACAUCCGUUUUACUCCGAUAUGUGGACGCUGCAGCUACCCUCCGACGACUAUAGCGCCACGCGCGUCAAAGAUGCUAUUCGCGAUGCCUUCCCGGGCGUGGAGUCGGGCGCUUUCAGCUGGCAUGAGCUUGAGAUUGCGCCGGCGGAGAUGACGCAAGAGGCUGGGAAGGUACACCCAGGGCCGCGAGGGUUCUUUGGUGCUGAUACUUGUCUCGGUGGGAAGGGGGUUGUGAUGUGGGGUGGUGUUAAUGCCAAGGGGGAGACGGAGGCUGAUGGUUGGCUUUUGAAGAUAUGUUGA